AACAGAAACGCUUCAGUACUUUGUUAUGCACGUAACUAGAGCGAUUAAGUUUUCCAAAACGUCUGUUAUUCGUAAAAUUAUUACCAAUAGGCCGAUAUUACUAGAAACUGUUAAUAAAGAAGACAAAACUCCACUAAUUCAAGCUAUAGAGCAGGACGAUUUGCAAUUAGUCACUUUCUUGCUAAACAUCGGAGCUAACGUUAACAAUCCAACUCUAAUCACAAAAAGAACACCAUUAAUGGUUGCACUUUUUCUCCCAAAUAUGGGCAUAUGUAAACUUUUACUGAGCAAAGGUGCCAGCGUGUCUUCAGUCGACUGUAACCUCUUAACGGGGCUCCAUUACGCUGUAGAUUCUAAUAUCGCUGAUUAUGUUGAAUUAUGCUUGCAGCACAAGUUUAAUAUCAAUGCGGUUGAUAACAAAGGUUGGACCCCGUUACUGAGAGCUGUUGUUCUAGACUGUUCCGAUGACAUACUGUCGAUAUUGAUACGUAAUGGUGCAGAUAUUUCACUGAAAGACAAAGGCGGUUUUGAUUUUGAGGCACAUUUGAAGAUGAAUAAUAGAGACUUUUACAGAGAAUCAAAGGAAAUCGUUGAUGAUACUGUUACCAAGUUAAGUUUGGAAAGAAGCAAAUAAGCAAUGUGGUAAAAAUUUGUGUUACUAGAAUAAGAAAAGUAAAGGACAAUACCUCAAUCAUAUUACCACCUAAGUGCAUUCAAAAAACGUUUUCUGUUCUACAAAAAUGUUGAAACACCGUUUUACAAUACCUU